UAGUUUCUAGUUUUUCCAUCUUACCCGUUCUUUUCAUACAUGCAUAUUUCUUCAAGGCAGGAAAUACUUUUCUUGUAAUCCAGGCCUGCUUCUCGAGAGGCCCUUUUACACGACCCCUUUUCUGACUUUAGAAGACUGUAGAAGUUUUUUGGGGGAAACUUUUUUUUAACAGAUUUGUAAAUGAUUGUAUGUUCCUGCCAGCAAGAGGGGCUGUUUACAGCAUCAGAAGGAAUCUGCUUGCAAGCCUAACAGCAACCUAUGGCAGCAGCAUAUACAUACCAACUGCUGGUCAUGAAUAGAUGAUACUUCACCCGGUCAACUGCAUAACUCUUCACGGCAUUCCUGUGUUGAAAUCACAUGCUCCUCUGUCUACGAAUCUUAUCUGGUGCUUUACUUUGUGACAUGUCUGUUUCUGUUCGGAAAAAAAGCUGGGAAGAUCAUGUAUCUCAAUGGAUUGGAUUGUCUUCUAACCCUUCUGGUUGUGAUAAAUUGUGUUGCCAUGGAAUUAAAGUAGAUAAUUUAAAAACAGCUAUGGAAGAACAUGGGAAAGAAGAUAUAAAGGAGACAGAGUGUAUUUCAUUAGAGGAUUGUAAUGGUUUUCUUGAUGCUGAAGAAGGGAUCUUCAAGGAAAUAGACGAAAAUGACAACUUAGAUAGAGAAGACCACAGUGCAUCUUCAAACACAAGCAUUGAAACCGUCAUGCCACCUAAUGAAAAAGAACUUAAGAUCAAGAAUGAGGACCGUCUGCCAAACCAGGAUGGAAUUAGUUCCUUGGCUAAGACUUUUCUUGAAGAAGAUAUGAGCAAUACACUUGAAGUUGGCAAUACUAGUGUUGAUGAAGAGGAAGACACAUAUGCAGGAGUUCAAGGUAGAGAUAGUAAUUAUGAGCUCAAAGAUGACAAUGUGAAUGUUUUUGAUGGAAUAUCCUUCAAUGAAAUGUUACAUGGAAAUAUGGAUUUGGAGGAAAUGGAUAUGUCUGGGGAACAGCUGCUAAAUUCUGCUAGAAUUGCACAACAGAGAAGAAAAUCCGAUGGGUCAAAAGUUGUAUAUGAACACAAUAUCUGCAGUGGUGCGUCCACUGAUUCUUGUGAUAGUUUACAUUUUUGUGUAUCUUCGCAUUUGGAAACCAAAGGAGAAACUAGAGGCUAUCAAAAUGUAUCACCUCUCUGCAGAGACACCAAAAGUCAUGAUGAGCCACAUUAUGAGAUGAAUGGUGAUUUGAAUGUCUCACAGGAUGGUUUACAAGGAGUAAGUUCAACAAAUUGUGCCCAGUCUAUUCCCAACCAGGAUAACAUGUCUACCUGUGAAGUGUUGUGUGAUCAAGUUAGACUUCGUAGAAAAAAGAAAUGUAGACAAGGCAGAGAUCCUUCAAGACUGGAUUCUAUGGUGCUGCUAAUAAUGAAACUGGAUCAGCUGGACCAAGACAUAGACAAUGCACUUAGCUCUCCAUCACUGUCUCGGAAAGAGGGUUUCAGUCAGAGAUAUCGCCAAUCCACACAGGUUACAAGGUUUGGUUCUGAAAAUGCACAAGAUAUAUCUCCUCUGUGUCCUCCUCAUCACAGUAUCUCUCAGGUUCAGACAGUAGACUAUGCAUCACCAGCUCAGGUACUCGCCUGUGGAGCAAAACCAAAGGCUUCGGCCCAGCCUGUGAUUUCAGAAAAAGAAAAGGGCGAAAUAGAGGCAAAGGAAGCAUGUGAUUGGUUGCGAGCAGCGGGGUUUCCUCAGUACGCACAAUUAUAUGAAGAUCUACUGUUUCCCAUUGACAUCUCCGCUGUAAAGAAGGACCAUGAUUUCUUGGAUAGAGAUGCAAUUGAAGCCUUAUGCAGGCGACUGAACACUUUAAAUAAAUGUGCGGUGAUGAAGCUGGAAAUCAGUCCAAAUAGAAAGAAGAGUGACGAUUCAGAUGAAGAUGAACCUUGUGCAAUUAGUGGCAAAUGGACGUUCCAGCGGGACAGUAAGAGAUGGUCGCGAUUGGAAGAAUUUGAUGUGUUUCAAGGACAUAAACCAGCACUGGGUGACAGCCAUCAGCUGGGAAAUGCUAUAAGCCAGGAUAGCAUACUCACAGACCUGAGUGAGCACCAAGAAGUUUCAUCAAUCCACAGUACCAGCAGUGACAGUCAAAGAGCACAUGUUUCAAGCGAGGCAGGCACUACAAGAACAAACUCAGUCAACAGUGUUUGUUCAUCUGGAAAUUUUUUUGCAAAUGAUGACUCAUUCAGUAGCCUUCCGUCUCCUAAGGAACUUUCCCAUUUUAACUUUAAUAUCAAAGCAAAUGAAAAAAACUCAAGGUCUAGAACCAAGAGCCUUCUCAAAAGAAUGGAAAGUUUAAAGAUCAAAACUUCUCAAAGCAAAAAGAAAUCUCAGUCCAAAACAGGCCUGACAAUCAGUGAACCUAUCUUACAAGAAGGGGUCGAUGAUGAUAAGCUAAAGCAACUGAACUGUGUGGAAAUAACUUCUCUGAAUGGAAAUCAUAUUAAUGCCCCCAAAGUGCGCAAGAGGAGCAUAUCAAACUCCACACAGACCAGCAGUAGUAGUAGUCAAUCAGAAACAAGCAGUGCAGUCAGCACACCAAGUCCAGUUACAAGAACACGGAGCCUAAGUGCUUGUCACAAGAGGGUUGGAAUGUACUUAGAAGGUUUUGACCCCUUCAACCAGUCAACUUUUAGUGAUGUUCUUGAACAAAACUUUAGGAACCAGAGGAAUUUUGGUGAUGAUGCUGUGUUUUUUAUCCCCGAGGACCACAAGCCUGGAACAUUUCCAAAAGCACUUUCAAAUGGUAACUUGUCCCCAACAGACAGUAGCCCUUCUGUGAGCUGGAGAAAUGGGAGUUUUCAUGCACAUGACCACCUCAGCUUCACAAGGGAAAACAGUGUCAGCAGUGUUAACAGCUGCAAAAGUUCUUUCACUAGAAGGAGACGCACUUCUUGUUGUUCUGAAGGAAGCCGGUUGAGUAUCUAUGACAAUGUGCCUGGCACAUUCUUGUACUCCAGUAAUGGUGGCUUGACUGAGCUGGAACAUGAGGACAUUUUCCCAGAACUGGAUGACAUAUUGUACCAUGUCAAGGGAAUGCAGAGAAUUGUAAAUCAAUGGACAGAGAAAUUUUAUGAUGAAGAUUCAGAUUCAGCUCUAGACUCUGUGUCUCCUUGUCCUUCCUCUCCCAAACAGAUACACUUAGAUAUUGAUAAUGAUUGCAGUGCUCUUAGUGAUUUGGACAGCACAGGGAACUCUUUGAAUGAUUGUGAGGAGACAACAGUUAUCCAAGGAAGAAGAGACUCUGGAGUAGGCGCAUCCUUGACCAGAUCCAAUAGGCAUCGGUUCAGGUGGCACAGCUUUCAAAGCUCCCAUCGGCCCAGCUUAAGAUCUGCCUCAUUGCAAAUCAAUUGCCAAUCGGUGACUCAGAUCAACUUGCUGCAGAAAUAUUCACUUUUGAAGCUGACUGCUCUCCUGGAGAGGUACACCCCGUCCAACAAACAUGGGUUCAGCUGGGCUGUGCCAAAGUUUAUGAAGCGUGUUAAAGUUCCAGAUUACAGAGACAAGAACGUAUUUGGAGUUCCUUUACCCGUUAAUGUCCAGAGAUCUGGUCAGCCGCUUCCACAGAAUAUACAGCAAGCUAUGCGAUAUCUGCGCAGUCAGUGUCUGGAUCAGGUGGGAUUGUUUAGAAAAUCGGGAGUCAAAUCCAGGAUCUUGGCUUUACGGGAGAUAAGUGAGAACAGUUCUGAUCCUCUGAUGUAUGAGGGACAAUCUGCAUAUGAUGUGGCUGAUAUGUUAAAGCAGUAUUUCAGGGACCUGCCAGAGCCACUUCUCACCAACAAGCUCUCAGAAACGUUCCUUCAGAUCUACCAGUAUGUUCCAAAGGACCAGCGUCUCCAAGCUAUUAAAGCUGCUAUUAUGCUUCUGCCCGAUGAAAACCGAGAGGUUCUCCAAACUCUCUUAUUCUUCCUGAGUGAUGUGGCUGCAGCUGUGGAUGAAAAUCAGAUGACACCAACCAACUUGGCCGUCUGUUUAGCACCUUCAUUAUUCCACCUAAAUACCUUAAAGAGAGAAAACUCCUCUCCAAGGGUAAUGCAAAGGAAGCAAAGCUUGGGAAAGCCUGAUCAGAAAGAUCUGAAUGAAAACCUUGCUGCCACCCAAGGCCUGGCACAUAUGAUUGCCGAAUGCAAAAAGCUCUUCCAGAUUCCUGAAGAAAUGAACAAAUGUCGCAAUUCUUAUACGGAACAAGACCUGAGGCCGGUGUGCCUGGAGGAACUAGUCAACGGAAAUGCUGAGAGCCAGUGUGAUUAUCAGUCGUACCUUCAAGAGGGCAUUGACAGUUUACUCAAAGAGGCCAAGGACAAGUUUAAAGGCUGGGUCAGCUGUUCCACAUCUGAACAGGCCGAUCUUGCCUACAAAAAAAUUCCAGAUGGCCCUCCACUACGACUAUGGAAAAGCACUAUAGAGAUCCCGGCCCAACCAGAAAUUGUUCUUCAGCGUCUACUGAAGGAGCAACACAUGUGGGAUGAGGAUCUCCUGGAUUCAAGAGUUGUUGAGACAUUAGAUGAACAGACUGACAUUUAUCAAUAUGUCCAAAACAACAUGGCUCCACAUCCAGCCAGAGACUUUGUUGUCUUAAGAUCCUGGAGAACCAAUCUACCCAAAGGAGCCUGUGCUCUUCAGACCACAUCUGUUGAACAUGACCAAGCUCCUUUACUUGGUGUGAGAGUCAAUGUGCUUCUGUCCAAAUACCUCAUUGAGCCUUGUAGCACAGGGAAAUCCAAGCUCACUUACCUGUGCAGAGCAGAUAUGAGGGGCCACAUGCCAGAAUGGUACCAUAAAGUUUUCGGACAAUUGUGUGCAGCUGAAAUUGUAAGGAUUCGAGACUCUUUUACCAAUCCACAAAGUGAAAGUAAUAAUGGAAAAUCAAGGUGACAAACCUAGGAACUGUCACCCAGAGUUUGGAGCGAAUCAUCCAUCCUUAGGAAGAAGACGAGGAUCCCACCUUUUGGACCUCUUCUUUGUAUGUUGUGCCGUCAUUUGUUAUUUAGGACUGGUUAUAUGCAAGAUUUGAAGCUGCUUUACAUCCACAUGGUGCUUAAAGCCCUGGACUGGAAUUACUCAUCCUGUAGACUCUCAACUUCUAUCGUCAUAUAUGUUUUAUUACAUAUCAACUGAAUUGGCUUCUGAGAAGCAAAAAUACUUUAUUGGAAAGACGUAUUGUGUAGACUUAGAAAACAAAAGCCACAUUCCUUAAUGCUGUUCAUGUAAAUCAUCAUCCUGGUUCCUGGGGACUGGUGUAUCCACUGGAAUAAUUGGUACUCAUUCUUUUAUUCUGUAUAGGUAUCUAUAUACUUUUAUUUUCCAGAGAUAUUUGCACAGUGAAGAUGUGUGAAUGAGUUUUGUCCUUGUGAUCUUCAUCGUCGUCAAGUGUCUGGUACACUGACAGCAUGUAAUGGAUUUAUACUCAGGUUUAGUUCAAGUGGUCAACAAAUCUUACCAACCUAUUCUUAAUGUAUAUUAUGUCUAUCCCAGGUUUGCCGACCUGUCAUUGUACAGGUAGUCUCUUCUGGAGAACAUCAACUAGACCCUACAGCAAAACCAUUUAAGCCUUCCACUCAAAUAUUGUCAAUCACUCUUCACACUAGACAAGCAUCCUCUUCUAUGUUAUAGAAAGACAGAUAUUAUACACCUCAUUGAGAUACAGUAUAUAUGCUUUAAUGUUCAUAACCUAUAAGAUUAAGUUCAGACAAUGUGCCUCAUGAGGCAACAGAGUAAUUUAAAUGAUUAUUUAAAUACUUCUACUGUGGUGAUCCAUGGUUUCCAUUUAGAAGCCAGAUACUGCUUGUAUAUAUUUAAGAGCAUAGUCCCUGCCCAGUGCAGAUACUUUUCAAUGACAAUCGUAGGCAGCAAAGACUUCUUUGGUAGGUGGUUAAUGCAGUGGGUGUCAAGGGUCCAGUCACUGCCAUGCAAUGAGAUGAGCCUAUGGCACCCAGAAGAUAUAGGAGGUCUCUUUAAAUAGAUUUGUUACAGUAUGGAGGAGGAAACUUGGAAGUUCUUAGAGGUAAAUGAAUUGAAUGCCGUCUGUAAGGAGAAAUUUUUUGAAUGAAAGUGAUGAAAGAUUGUUUUGUUACCGUUGUCAGUAUUAUUUUAUAUGCUUUGCAAUGAAGAAUCUCUUUAUGUAACAGUCGUAAUAAUAGUGUUCUCAUUAUCAGUGUUUCCACGUAUUCCAUUAAAUAUAUAAAGCUUGUAUAUUCAUUGUAAUCUUCGUGAUUGUAAAAAUGUGUCACUGUACAUACCACUUUAAUGUAAUGUAAUGCGUAUGGUUCCAGAUAGCAACUGCAUGGCGAACUUAAUUAUUUAAUGUAUACUUGUAUUUAUACCUCAGUUUUUAUUUUUUUCAGUAUCUGGAUGCAUUCCCUUAAUUUUACAUGUGCUAAACAUGAUAAAUAUCAAAAAAACUAAAGAGCUUAGAAAAUAGAUUUAUAUAUUGAUGCAUAUGUCUUAUCGAAAUAUAGCCAAGUGCACUAUUAAAUGUCUCAA